AUGAAGGAAACAUUGAAGCUCCAAACGAGGUUGAUCAAAACUCAAGACCCAAUUAGCUUCCACUCACUACUCCUUCUCUCUCUCCACCACGUUCCCACCUUAUCCACCCUCCGAUCUCUUUUCCUUCAAUCCCAACCGUCCAUCCUAUGCUUCUCCACCUUCGCUUGGAACACCAUGAUCCGAGCUCACUCCAUCUCCUCCCCUCUCCUCUCCCUUCUCUUCUUCUCCCGCAUGCGUUUCCACUCCGUUUCCCCCGAUCUCUAUACGUUUCCCCUUCUCCUCAAAGCCUGCUCCCUCUCCUCCUCCUCCUCCUCCUUCGCCCUCUCCGCUCACUCCCUCACCAUCAAGCUCGGCUUCAUCCACGACAUCUACGUCCAAAACACUCUCAUCCGCUUCUACUGCUCCUCCGGCCGAGCUCGACGUGCACUCCAGGUGUUCGAUGAAAUGCCGCACCGAGACUCAGUCUCCUGGUCCGCCCUCAUUUCCGGUCUCGCCUCCACCGGCUGGGAACCCCUCGCUCUCUCCGCGUUUCGUGUUAUGCAAACAGAAUCCCCUCCGGAUGAGAUCACCAUGCUUGGUGUUGUUUCCUCCGUCGCAGCCCUCGGCGACCUGGAGCUCGGCAUCUGGGUCCAUUCCUACAUUCUCAAACGCGCGCUUCGCCUCACUGUCGCUCUCGGCACCGCGUUGGUCUCCAUGUUCGCCGCUUGCGGCUCCAUUGCUCGUGCCGCGAGGAUGUUCGACGAAAUGCCUGAGAGAAACUUGAGAACUUGGACGGCGAUGAUCGAUGCGUUCGCGGAGCACGGGCGUAGCUCCGACGCGGUUCGCGUGUUCGAUGAGAUGACGCGCUUGGGGAUCACGCCGGAUCACGUGACGUUCAUCGGCGUUUUGACGGCGUGUAGUCGUGGGGGUCUUUUGAAUGAAGGGCGGAGAUUGUUCGGGAGUAUCAAACGGAUGUAUGGGAUUGAGCCGAUAUUGGAGCACUAUGGAUGCAUCGUGGAUUUAUUGGGCCGGGCUGGGCUUGUCAUUGAGGCCCAUGAGUUUGUGCUGAGAAUGCCGAUUCGGCCCAACUUGGUUAUAUGGAGGACGCUGUUGGGAGCCUGUGUGAAUUUUGGUUAUGUUGAGGUUGCGGAACAGGUUAAGGAGAGGAUAGUGGAGAUGGAUGAGCAAGGGCAUGAUGGGGAUUAUGUGCUUCUGUCUAACGUUUAUGGAGGGGUCGGACGGUGGGCGGAAAAGGAUCACGUUAGGUGUACAAUGAGACAUGCGGGUAUAGCCAAGACUCCUGGUUGUAGCUUGCUAGGAAACUAG